AUAUUCUUCAAACAACAUGGCGGCAUUCAGUGUUGUCAUGCGUCCUCUAUCGUCUGUAACGUAUCGGCAAACACAUAUAUUUAAAAGAUUUUUCCAAGUUCAUAUUAGCAAAAACAAUUUAAUUAGUAAUUAUCACCAAAAGAAUGUAUAUGCACUCCAAAUAUUGCCUAACACAUGCUAUAAAACUUCGUUUUCAUUAAUUAAACGCCAUGAAAGUAGUCAAAGUCAAAACAAACCGCCGUCACCUCCGACUCAAUCAUUUCAAUGCUUGUCGAAAGAUACUCCGCUAUCAGACUUAAACAAUCCAAAUUUAAAUAAUACUAAAGAUGAAAAGAAAUCAGAUGAAAGUGGUAAAAAAGAUUCUUUUUGGCGCGGAAAGAACUCCUGGCGUUUAGGCUUGAUAUUACUAGGUACAUGCUGUGUCAGUUGGGGUGUUGGACUGGUGUAUAUUUGGGGUAAGUUGCAAAUUGUAAUCAAAUGAUAUUGUUACAAAGACAAUAAUCUUGCAACCUUAGUACUUAGUGUGUUAAUUUAGUUUUUGUUCUCUUUAUUAUGCCUGAGGACACGGCCAAAGAUAGUAGCCACUAACACUUCUGUCCUGUACAUGAGCUGCUUCUCGAGACAAAACUUGGGCUGGUUUUGAGUUAGCGGUAAGGCCGACAAUGUGUUCCAUGGUAUAUAGUUCACGGAGGUUCUCCCAGGUCCAUUUCCGUCGACAGUGCCAUACUAAAAAGAUUUCAAUGUUUGUAUUUACAUAAUGCAAGUCAUUGUUUUAUUAUUUUAUAUUUUUUGUUAAAUUCCUCCCCAGUUCCUAGAAUAGGUAUUUCAAAAGACGCACGCGCAUCCCUUCUGCGCAGUCGAAAAAUCACGGAAAAACUUGAGCUGCAAUAUAGCUAUACGGCAUAGCGAGGGUGUCGUUUUUUUGCGUUGUACGUCACUGUUUCCUAAUAAUAGUAUUUAAAUUAUCGGUGACGUGGAGCACAUAUUUUUCCAAACAUGUGAAUACCAUAUUUACAGCAUUUAGAAUCUUGUGACCGGUAACGCAUUUAAUUUUUCAUCGGUAUGUACGUUAAUUGCUUAUUACUUUUUAAUGUAAAACUCAAACACAUAGUGGUUUAGCCCAAUACUGCUUCAUUCAUUCACACAUUUUAAUAACUUUACUUCAUUAAAAUUAGCUCAAACGCACAAAAGUUAUGCCAAUCCAACUGGAAGGUGUAAGAAAAUAAAAUUGUUAGUAGUCACCCGAGUCAUCCCCCCUCACAAAAAAAAGUGGGUUGUCGGAAAUGGUUGUUAUUACCAAUUUAACUUAAAGAUAUUUUCAUUUAUUCAUUAUAGUUCAUCUUUGAUAAUCCGUGGUAGACUAAUUAGUUAAUAAAGGGAAAACUGUUUUACAAUAUUAUUAGAAAGUAGUACAACUUAAUAAAUUAAAUAAUUUUAAAUAAUUGUAGUUCGUGUAGUCCGGUGAAUUUCGGACUUGUUUUGUCCCUUGAUUUAUAUAAUUAUUAUAUGUAGUAGUAGUAAUACUACUACUAUAAUAUAUAAUGCUAGUUAUUAGUGGUAUUUAUAAAUUAUAAUUAAUGAUAAUAACAAAAUAAAAGCAGUUGCUACCACUAUUAAAAAUAUACUAUUAUCAAUUGUAAUUCCAAUAAAAUAUGGUAAUGCAUAAUUAUUUUUUUUUUCGUACAUAUUUAUUUUUUGUGAAAAUUGCGUCACUGAGUCACUGUGACUUGUUUAAAAUUAAAAUUAGAUAACCUAUGAAUUAGUCUAUAACAAGUUUAUUAAAAUAAAUAAAUAAAUAAGACUCUACAUCAUCAUAGUAAUUAUAUCAAACUAGGACAGAGGCAUAAGAAAAUGUUAACAUUUAUAUCAACAAUAAUAUAUUUCUAAUUAAAUAAACAAAACAAAAAAAGGAAAUAAAUUUAAUAAAAACAUCACUUGAAUAAUAUUAAAAAGAAACUAAAAAUUGUAUAGAUUCAGAAUUAUGAUUAGUAUUUAAUGUUAGGCUUCUUUUGGGUGGAAGAGAAAAUUUUACAUUUCUGUUGCAAACUUUGGAAUUCCUUCCAUGGCCCAUAUCCAAUAAGGCGGAAUGUUUGGAUGCAGAUGGCGGCGACAAAGUUUAUGAAGGAAAAAUGUGUGGGUUUCAUCAACAAGACAAAGAAGUCACUAUAGGGCAUUCUACCCGGAAAAUGGCAGGCAGAAGAUCCCCAUUACCUUUUAAAUAUUUAAUGACAUACUCCGAUAAGGGUAUGCUUGUAAUUAGUUUUAUGGGUGAUAUUAGUAUUUGUUAUAUAUAAUUACAUGCGUUCAAUUUUAUAUAUAAAAAAAGACUACUUACCUUUUUAUAAAUAUAAUGAUUUAAAAUUUAACACAAGCAUAAUAAAAUUAGUUAAAAUUCAAUAAACAUGUUAUUUUUUUCAAUUUUUCCUGUAUAAAUAAUGAUUUUCCCAAUUUUUCUGUUCACUUUUUUCUGAACAUACCCUCGAUUAAAUAUAUAAAAAAAUAAAAGUCUUGAUGUUAUAUAAAAGUUUUGUUGUUUAUUGUGUUGUAUAUUGCAUUGAGAAUGUCUCCUGAAAGUUUGGUAGCAUUAUCUUUUAAAAUAAAAAAGUUGUGGACAAAAUAAAGCAGAAAUGUGGAAAGUUGGUCACAAGUUUUUUCGUUAAAUACAAAGAUAAAUAAAGGGGUUAAAAAAUUCACCAAAAAAAUCAUAACUUUUUUUCCAUAAAAGAUAGAAAGAUGAAAUUGGUGUUUUUGCAAAGCUUAUAGCGAGCCCUUUAAAAUGGUGUAUCAUUUGUGGCUAUUGGACAAUAUUUAAAAUGUGUGUCAAAGUACCUACCUAGAAGAUUAUUCCAAAGCAAUUUAAGCAGUAGUCUUCCUUUUGUUACCUAAAUACUAAUAUGGAUAUUUUGAUUUCAACUAAUCAAAAUACAGCAAUUUCAAUAUUCAUAUUAACUGUAUCGUUUAUGACGUGAGUAAUGCUCAAUAAAGCACAGGAAUGUUAUAAAAAACAUUGUUCAGGUCCUUCAAAGAAUAGAUCUGUUCACCCUAAGUCCAGUGUUGGGAUUCCCCAAUGUGACUUCACUGCGCUUAGGGUGAGAAAACUCUUGGCAAAACUCAUACCGUUAACUCAAAAUUUACCCAAAACUUGUGGCUUUGUCGACAAACUGCUGGAGCUGUCUUCUCUGCUGCAUGCAGGUUCAGUCUUUUAUUCGGCAGAUUCUUCUUUAUUGUUCUUUCUCCUCAAACCAUUUUUACUACAAUGCACUCAUCACCAAAAUUUAUAUUAAGUUAGGCAUUUUACCUACUUUAGUGGUAUGUCAAAAAUGGUGCAUAAAACUUGAUAGGGGAGGUGCUCAACCAAAGUAUACAUUCAUAAAUUUUUACUCUUUUCUUGUGUAUAGACAUUUAUUCAACCUAACCCCCUCAAUGCACACAUGUUUAUAUGUAGAUGACUUAAAAAUGAAAUUUUCUUAAUUCCAACUAGUCCAAGUUCACAAUGAUUUGGUCUUGGAUCCGAUGUCUUAAAAUGAUGAUGUGCACUCUUAUUAAGUCUUUUUGACCUUCUUUACCACUUAUGCCCUGUUUUCACAACUUUUACAUCAUAUAUUCUUUAAUGUUUUGUUUUACCAUCAGCUGGAUAGAUACAAAGCUAACAUCUCCAAUAUUAAAAAUAUUUGUUUAUUAAUUUUAGAAUGUAAGUUUGUUGCUUGAUCAGGUGCAAUGUGAGAUAAAGAGCUUGCUUUUUUUUCACAAAGAUAUUCAUUUAAAUUUAAUUCCAUGAUUUUGACUUGAACUUGAAUCAAUUCAGGUUUGUAAGAACAGAACUUUCCACACUGAUUUAGCUUUUUAAAAUCUUGAAUACUUCCUAAGAGUAUCAUUAGACAUAUGGUCAAGGUCUAAAGUUGAAACUUUUUUCAUAAAUGACUAUUAGUAAUAAUUAAAAGUUUCAAUGUUUCAUCAAGCAAUAAAAUUUGGAAAAAUUAUGUUACAUGGUUAGUUUUACACAAACAUUUUUCCCACACCUGCCUUUACAAAGUUUCAGUUGAGAGAGCACAAUCAUUUUGUUUAGAGGUCUAAGACUAUCAAUUAGACAUAAUUGCUAAAAGUUUCAAUAAGAUAAUUUUAAAAUAUAUUGUGCUAUUAUUUCUGAUAAAAAGAUCUCACAAAUGCUCAUUCAAGUAAUAUAUUAUAUAUAGUGUAGAUAAAGCAGUGAAAUAUUUUAAAAUAUGAACUAACUACAUGAUAAAAAAAAGUGAAAGAACUAUGAUUUGGCUCAUACAAUGUUGUAGGAGAUUGUGUUACUAAUGAAAUAUAUUUCAUUUUAAUAAGUUACAGAUAUUGUAAUCACGUUAGGCUACAUUUGGUUAAUUUAUUUAUCGAAAAUUCUAUCAAAAAUCAAUUUUCUAUCUGAUCACUCUCAGUUCUUGUACUGAAAUGAAGUUGUUUCUAAAAAGAUUUUUUCAGUACAGUUUAUAAAGUUUCAUCAUGAAAAUUAUUUUUAAAUUAUUCAACCCUCAAGUUUGAAAGAACAUGAAUUAUUACCACCCAGUGAAAAAAGUAUUAUCUUAUGGUUUUCUUUAAACAAUGUCAAUUUUCUAUUAAUUUACUUAUGUCUCCAGUGGAUUAAAGUCACAUUAAUAUCAAUUUUAAAUUUAAAACAUGCUAUUUGUAAUGUAAAAAUUUGUUGUACUUUAUGAAUCAUUUCAGGAGCACCUCAGGUAGACCCAGAUGGAAAAGAGGUAGUUUUUCAGAAAUUUAGAUAA